UAUUGUUUGAACCUUACAAGUAGACUAUUUUUCUUAAACUAUUUUAGUAGGAUUGCAGAAACACAUCAGAACAAACUUGUCCUUUGUAGAGUUAAAUCUAACGUCAGUGGUAAACAAAUUCUGUGUGUUAUAAUAAUUAUAACCGGAACUAAUUACAAAUAACAAAAUCGAACCUACCAUGGAAUUUGUAAAUCAAGUGGCUUUAGUUACUGGUGCAGCGUCUGGAAUCGGUUAUGCUUACACCAAGUACUUACUUCAAAAUAAUGUUAAGGUAGCGCUUUGUGACAUAAACAUCAAGCAAUGCCAAUCCGUUUCCAAUGAAUUUGCACAGAUCUUCGGCCACGAUAAAGUCUUAGCGUUACAUUGUGACGUCACUAGCGAUGUGGUAUUCGAAAACGCAUUCAAGUCGUGUAUAGACCACUUUAAGAGAUUGGACAUAGUCGUCAACAAUGCGGGAAUAUUUAACGAAACGAUGGAAAAGUGGGAGUCUACAAUUAACGUUAACUAUGGAGGUGUGGUCAGGGGCACCAUGUUGGCGAUUAAGUAUAUGGGCAAGCCGUAUGGUGGCAACGGAGGAACUGUUGUGCAGACUGCGUCCAUAGCUGCUUUUAUUGGACAUUUGUUUGUAUGUCCAUUAUACAGAUCUACAAAACGGGCCAUCGUAGAAUUCACCAGAGCGAUCGGCGACAAGAAAUCAUUCGAGCAUUUAAACGUCAGAGUUAUGGCGCUGUGUCCAGGAUUCUCGCAGACGCCAAUGUUGGAAAGCGAUAGGUCCAGUGUGUACUUGAUCGAAGAGUACAGUAAAAUAGGAAAAAAAAUUGAGGCCACGUUACCGGUGCAAAGACCCGAAAGUGUAGCAAAAGGGUUAAUCGAAAUACUGAAACACGGCGAAACCGGCGACUGUUGGAUAGUGGAAAACGAUGAAAAACCGCGACCGGCUAACUUACCCGUCAUACCGUACUGAUGAAAUUAUAGAUUGAUAAUAAAUAAUCAUAGAAUUUUUAUCGAUAAUGCAAUUUGUGUUUAUAUAAAACAGUUAUUAUUAAUUUUUCAAGUAUAAA